AUGGGGAUAGGUGGUUUUCCAGUGGACGGAGAAGACGAGAUUCCGAUGAGAGGGGAGGUUCUAUAUUGCUGGGUUUUUAUUCGAGGAGUCGAGAACCUCUAUGCAUGGAUGGACUACGAAGCCAUCGGGCAGAGGGCCAUGGAGCUUCUCAUCGAUGAGAGGCACUAUGGAUUUGUAGAGAGGAUCAUGGAGAGUUACCAUUCUCCUCGUGGCUAUCUGUUGUCACAGCUAAAAUAUGCUUCAGAGAUUGUUUCUCAAAAAGCUAGAAGUCUUAACCUGCCACCAGGCCCACGCCGGUUUCCGGUGAUCAGGAACCUGCAUCAGCUCGGGAAGCUGCCCCAUCAAUCCCUAGCUCGCCUCUCGCAACAGUAUGGUCCACUCAUGUUCAUAAAGGUGGGUAGAGUCCCUACCAUUGUGGUUUCCUCUGCAGAGACUGCUAAGGAGAUUCCAAAGAUUUGCGUUCUUGAGCUGCUCAGUACAAAGAAGGUACAGAGCUUCCAGUCAGUAAGAGAAGACGAGGUGGCUUCCAUGGUUAGUACCAUCUCUGGUUUGUCUCAUGGUGACCUUGUGAAUUUGAGUAAGAUGUUCUAUACUUUGACUAACUGCAUAAUUUGUAAAGUGGCUCUGGGCCACUCUGAAAGAGAUCAAACUGAAUACAGACUUUACAAGAUUGUACAGGAAUUGAAUUCCAUAUUGAGAAGCUUCUUUGCUGCUGAUUUAUUUCCAUCAAUGGGGUGGGUGGAUGUCUUCACUGGAAUUCGGGCCAGGAUCAAGAAGAACUUUCGAGAGCUGGACAGCUUCCUCGACGAAGUGAUUCAAAACCACAGGUACAAAGGGGUUCUUGAGCCAACAACUGCGAACAAAGACUUUGUGGACAUUUUACUGCAAGCUCAAAAGGAUUAUAGCCUGGAUAUUCCUCUCACAAUGGAUAACCUCAAAGCUAUUAUACCGGUCAUCUUCCACCCAAAAAUUUGUUUUCCCUGA